UAGCACUUAUGAGGAAGCGGCUGCACAAGAAUGUUGGAGAAAGGCAAUACAAGAUGAAUUGACAGCUCUAGAUCAGAACAGAACUUGGUGUCUCACUGAACUCCCAAAAGACAAGAAGGCUGUGGGUUGCAAAUGGGUUUUUCGGGUAAAAUUCAAUCCCGAUGGCACCAUAGAGAGGCACAAAGCGAGGCUAGUUGCAAAAGGAUUCACUCAAGUGCAAGGAGUAGAUUAUGGUGAUACUUUUAGUCCAGUUGUCAAAAUGACUACCCUACGAGUAAUGUUAGCAUUAGCAGCGGCAAAGAAAUGGCAUUUGAAACAGCUGGACGUCAACACUGCCUUCCUUCAUGGAGAUUUGGACAAGGAAGUUUAUAUGAAGAUUCCACCCGGUUUGGCUGUGUCACAACCAGGUUUGGUUUGUAAAUUACAAAAAUCUCUAUAUGGGCUUAAGCAAGCAAGCAGGCAAUGGAACAUUAAGCUCACUCAGACUCUUGUGGAUGCUGGUUAUAAGCAGUUUUUUGAUAAUCAUUCACUAUUCAUCAAGAAACAAUCUGAAAGCUUCACUGCCAUUCUAGUAUAUGUUGAUGACUUGGUUUUAACCGGGAAUGACAUUGGUGAAAUCAAUUCCAUCAAGAAAGAUUUGGAUGACAAAUUCAAAAUAAAGGAUCUUGUUGAUCUCAAAUACUUCUUAGGAAUGGAAGUAGCACGCUCUAACUCUGGAAUUCACAUUUAUCAGCGGAAGUACACCAUGGACCUUCUCAGAGAUUUUGGUUAUCUAGAUUGCAAGCCUCUCUCUACUCCAUUUGAUUAUAGUCAGAAACUCUCAAAGGAAUCAGGUACCAUUUUAAUAGACAACACUAUUUACAGACAGCUCAUCGGCCGACUCCUUUACCUCACAAACACUAGACCCGAUAUCUCUUCUGCUGUGGGACGUUUGAGCCAAUUUUUGGACUGUGCAACCACUUCUCACCUACAGGCUGCUUUUCGUGUACUCCGAUAUUUAAAAGGCCGACCUGCAACUGGUCUCUUCUUCUCCUCUACUUCUAAUCUGCAUCUCACUGGAUUUGCCGACGCUGACUGGGCUACCUGUGCCGAUACUCGUCGCUCCGUUUCCGGUUAUUGCUUCAUGCUUGAGAACUCACUCAUUAGCUGGAAGAGUAAGAAGCAAACCACAGUUGCCAAGUCCUCUGCAGAAGCUGAAUAUAGGUCUCUUGCUGUUGCCACUUGUGAAGCUAGUUGGUUAUCUUUCUUAAUGGAUUUCAUUGGCUUGCCGCUUCAAAAGUCUAUCACUCUAUUCUGUGACAACCAGUCAGCUAUUCACAUUGCCAAUAAUCCCAUCUUUCAUGAAAGAACUAAACAUAUUGAAGUGGACUGCCAUAUUGUUCGUGAAAAGUAUUUGUCUGGUCUCACCAUCUUAUGUCAGUUCGUUCCAAGGAUCAACUUGCUGAUUUUCUUACCAAAGUUCUGCCACCGGGUCCUUUUCUUGCUAAUGUUUCCAAGCUAUGAUUGUUAG